GCGAAAGUAACACGCGUUCCUUGAAAUCAAAUGAACCAAUGAUAGACAAUUCACGUGGCAGAAUCGCUGUCGUUCUUUCAGUUUAUUUUAGUGUAUUGUAAACUCACGUUUUAGGCUACUAUUUAUAUUUGUAUUGUUAUAUUUAUAUUUCUAUGUUUAUUAUGAAUUAAUAUUUUGUGAUAGAUAUCAGUUGAUGGUUUACUGUAAAUUCAUUGUGUAAUAUUUAUUAUAAUAUCCAAUGGAAAGCAGGAAAUUGUUAUGGAAUAAUAAAUAAUGGAAAUACAAUGUCGCGACCUUAGAACGGAUCUUUAGACCGUGCAAAGUGCAGAGGUCUCUUGAGUCGCUAUGUAACACGGACACACACGUACACCAUCAUAGGAAUCCCACUUUUUCCAUACUUCAACGGCACACAUAGCCUACGUUUCCUGAACAACGUAACCUCUUUGGAAGCUUGCGAUGUGGCACUUUCCGUUUUAACGUGUUUUCCUUUAUUUCUUGACCGACGUGUACGUCGGGGACAGAAGCGAUGAUUGCCGCGUGAACACGUCAGAACGCGUUAAAUGUGAAAGUCGUCGAUGAAUAUGGUUGUACAUACGUAGCAGAGAAUACAAAAAAAUGAAAUUGUCAUUUCUAUUUCUCGGUGUUUUAUGUUUUCUCGACGUGUAUCAGUUCACGAACGCUUGGGACAAUGACGAAUUGGAGGUGUUCGAUGUCGUCGAAGAAGUCAAUCAAAACUUUUAUGAUGUCCUCGGUGUCCCACAGACCGCGAAUGCCUCGGAGAUUAAGAAGGCAUUUAGGCGACUGUCCCUACAGUUGCAUCCAGAUAAGAACUCCGCGGAGGACGCGGAACAGCAGUUUAGGAAGCUAGUUGCUGUAUAUGAUGUAUUGAAAGAUUCUGGGAAGCGGCAACGUUACGAUAAUGUAUUGGUGAAUGGACUGCCAAACUGGCGGUCGGCUGUAUAUUAUUACCGCCAUGUGCGGAAAAUGGGGCUUGUAGAAUUAAGUAUAAUUUUAUUCUUAGUCUUUACGGUUGGACAAUAUCUAGUAGCAUGGGGUGCAUACUUUGAGAAGAGAUAUACAUAUGAGCAAGUGUUAGGCAGUAAACUUCAAAAGAUGCAGAAAAAGAAUAAAAAGGGGAAAAUGGAUGUACCAGAUUUAGCAGAUAUUUUGGAAAAGAUUCCUACGCCGAGCAUUUGGAAUACUCUUCCAUUCCAAUUUCCACGAUGGAUUGUAAAUUUUACUUUAUCCAUACCCAGUAUUGUGCGUGCAAUGUUUAAUCUGCUAGAAGAAAGAAAACGCAGGAAAAAAGAGGAAGAGGAGGCAUUAGCACAAGAGAAUGAACAACCAGAAAUCGAGCCCGUGUCUCGUACUAGAAGGCGGAGACCUGCGUUCACUCCGCAAGAAAGGAGUGGUAACAAUUACAAAGAUGUCACAAAGAAAACCAAUGAUCAAACUAAUCAUAUUUAUCAAAAAGCAACUGCAUCCAGUGGAGCGUUAUGGGUGGAUGAUGACAUAUUAGAACUAAUAAAACUUGUGAAAAAAUACCCUAGUGGUACACCAGAGCGAUGGGAUAAGAUUGCAGAGACCAUGAAUCGUACAGUUGCAGAUGUAACAUACAUGGCAAAGAAGGUGAAAGAUGAAGGCUUAAAGCCCGGCUCCUUUCAGGAGGAAACUGUGGUAGAAGAACGUCCAAAAAAGAUAAAAACGCGUGUUGAAAACGCAGAUAAUGCCAACGAUUGGAGUCAAGAUCAGCAAAAAGCGUUCGAAGCAGCGCUUAUAAAGUAUCGUAAAGGCGGGUCUGUAGAUAGGUGGGAAAAGAUAGCGAAUUGCGUUGAAGGGAAAACAAAGGACGAGUGCCAAACGAGGUAUAGGCAGUUGGUGGAAUUAGUUAAAAAGAAGCAACAAACUCAGUAGCCUGCCAUGUACAAGAUGUUCCUUCGACAAAACGUGUAGUCCAUACAAUCAAGUCCAGAAAUGGUAUUCAAUUUAUAUCUCGUGAAACUGAAUAUUUCCAAGGCUGUUGUACAACAUUUCAUAUGAAUGAAUUACAGAUUUCUUAAGGAUUCUCUUAUACAAAAAUUAAACGAUUAAAAUAUAAUUGCAUUAAGAGUGACAGAACUUUAUACGUAAAGAGGAGAUAUUGCUCUUACUAUUAUUAAAUGUUUCUGGAGAAUGUAUUUAUUUAAUAAAUUUAAUAAUUAAUUAAGAGGAAAAGACUGACAAAAUAUAAUGAUUGAACACUCUCCUGUUCUUUGAGACUGACAUUCUACUUGUACCGGUAUCAUUCAUCUAAUUAUGCACUUCACUUCUCCACAAAUACAAAAGACAGUGUAUGAUACAAUAUCACAGCACAUAAUACUUUGCUAUUUCUGUAACGAGGAUUAAUCACGCAUAAUCUGCAUUGCAUUUGUUAAAAUGAGAUGUACCAUGCAGUCCAUCUCACAUAUUUUUAGAAAUAUUAUCGAUUCUCUAAUUUAAUAUUAUACAUUUAUGCAAUGCACAGUUGUUCUAUAUAAACGUUAUCAUUUACUUUAUUCUAUAAGAUUUACGGUGUAAGAAAAGAAGCGUUAUCGAAAAGAUUAGUGUAAAUAUAUAUAUUAUUUCAAUGUAAAUGUAUUUCCCGAUUUCAUUUGAUAUUACAGUAAUUCAUUCAAUUUUGUAUUAUAC